UGACGAUUAUUCCGAUUAUUCCACAUGAUUGUAGCGGGUUUCAAUUUGAUCUGUGUGAAGACAGGUCGCAAGAAGACAGUUCAUGUCGCCAAACAGCUGCAGCAUGUAGUAGCUUUCUGUUUUCAAUAAAAAAACAAUAUGGCGGAUCCGCAGACCUGGGUUCUCGACACGGGCGCGUGGCACCUGCGCGUGCUGGCCUUCCCGUCGGACGCAGCAGAUGAUACGGAUGAGGACGAAGCUAGUAGUGAAGAUCAUGUCGACGCUAUGCAUUGCAAAUAUGGCUGGGUCUGGAAGAAUGCAACAUUUGUCAUGCAGAUUUGCCAUGGCCACCAAUGAGGUCUGGAAUACAGGACUUAGCAUGACAGAUUUCGGUGAGAUAGAUAUCGGAUCAUCCAGUUUUGUGUAAAUGAAAACUAGUUUGUCGCACGAACUGCUCAUCCCAAAAUGCGAUGCUGGCGCUGACAAAAGCAAAUCUUGAAGUGAAGAUCUCAUUUUAUUUUUCCGAUCCUGUUUUUUGAAAAUGUACGAUGUUCUUUUUUGGAAAUGUAGAUCUGUUUUUUAUCGUUUUACUAAAUUUGUCAUGCUAAUUUUCCUUUCUGCACGCUCCUGCCGUUCAUCGACAGCUCGUUCUUACGUCGGUUUUAAAUCCUGUAUGAUGCAAAUGUUUUUUCAAGAUCUUUAUGUAUGAUUUUCUUAGGGUGUUCAGCCGUGGGCAAGCACCGUAGCAUUUAUCAAUCGUGGUUUCUAUCGUGCAUUACACAAUCGCACUGCAUAUCUAUCGCAUUUUCUCCAAUCAAAUCGUCAAGGUAUCGAAUCGCACUAGAAUCACUUUCGAAAUCGUGACUAUCGUACUGGGAAUUGGGGUAGAAUCGUUUAGAACUUAAACCACCGAAUAGACCGCUGCUGAAGACCACUGGACUCGUUUUAAUCUCGAACUGACUACUGGAAAGAAAGUAUAAGCAUUCUGAAACCGCACCGAGUUGCGGUUAUUUGGGAUUAGUAGUCGUGUUCAACCUCUCCAUUUCGUGUUUAGAUCCUUCAGUUUUAGCAUGACAAGUUGCAGCGUUCCAGACCUAGAUAAACUAUUUCCAUUUCAUACACCUCGGACAGAACCAAAUCGGGCAGCUGCAGCACAGCGAACAAACGGUUUUCGGGACGGAGUUGGAGCUCUGUUUGGAGCAAACCUCCGAGACGGCAACCUCCGAAGAAGAAGCGGUUCUGCUGCACUUUCCCAAGCGGCUGGACGAAAUCGAAGACCUCGAUGCGCAAGUACGGCUGUGGGCAGCGGCAAUAUCUGAGUACGACAGAAGUCCCGCCAACCCCACCACGGCCCCUUCGGAAGCCCUUGUAGAUCAUGGGGUAGAGCAAAAUAACACAGUUGGUGCUUUACCGAACCCGCCUGCAGAGACGCCUUCCGAGUCUACGUUUUCUUCGAGUGCGGGAGUUUUGACGGGGGAGGAGAACGGCCAGCGAAUGCGUACCGUGGGCGACGAUGCGGCAGUUGUCUUGCUCGGUUUGCACGACGCGUUCGACCACGACUUGCUGCGCGUGAAAAAGCUACUGUCUGGCAUUUCUAACGGAACACCUUCGUCGGCCGCGGAGUCCUCGGGGGGCAUCGACAGUGGUAUUAGAAAUAAUCAGGCCAACAAGCUGUUCUUCGACCACACCGACUACGUCCGAUUGGAGCAGUACGCGCUGACGUGGUUCUCGGCGUUCCCGGCCACUGCUCGACUAGCAGUCCUGCCGGAUGCCCUCAUGGCUGCCUACGCGCUCCUCCCUCCUGGACAGGAUAAUAAAGAAGCUGCAAGUACUAGAGCGACGAAAAACGGCGCAGAUCUUCACGACCGUGGCCCACAACCUUCCGACCCCGAAGCCUGUCUCGUGAUCGACCUCGGAUUCUCCGCUGCGCGAGUGCACCUGCUUGGGCGUCGGACUACAACUAAGCAGACCGCGGAAACAACCACUGCAACGAGCAAAGUGGACACCACCUCGUCCCACUGGCAAAUCUUGGCCGCCCGCACGAGAAACUUUCACCUCGGCGGGUACUUUCUGACCAGGAAACUGCAGCAGCACUUGUGCACGCGGCACAAUGCAGUGUGCACAGGCGAAGACGAAAAUCCCGGCGACUCGGGCUUCACCUUCUACAAGUGCGACGAGAUGAAGCAGCGAAUCGCUCGGUGCAGUUUCGAAACGGAUGGGAAUAGUAGCGGGGUAUGCAGGUUUCGGUGGGACGAGAGCGAGCACGAUUUCACCCGAGAUCCGGAAACGCUACGCGACAUUCGGAAGGUCCACCCGGCCUCGGACCUGCGCCUGCUGAAGGAAUGGGCCGGCUACCAGCUCGGGGAGAUGCUGUUUCAGCCGUGUUGGAGCUCCGACGGCCAGCAGCCAGCGGAGGAGGACAUCGACCCGCCGCGGGCAACGGACGUAUGAAAGCAAAACUCGUGCGGUGUUGCUGAUGAAAUGCUUUUGCUAUAGAAGCCUUUGCAGAAAAUCAGGAGUGCUUAGGCAUGCGUCUAAGAUUCAAUGCUGUGUUGAAAAGCGCAAUCGAUUGUGAUCUCUUGAGCUGAGAAACAAAAAAUCCGCCGCUCGACCGGUCAGCCCUUAGUGCUCUUUCGAUCGUCCCUUUCUCAAAAAUACUUUCAAGCCAAAAGCACAUCAACCCAGCAACACUUCUCAUUUUCCUUACCCAUACUCGGGCCCAGAAGACUACAAUCCGACACUGCCCGAAGUCGUCGCGGAUCUCCUUCGCAGUUGCCGGGACGAGGUCGCGAGAAUGGCAGAAGCAGAGUCGACGCACCAUGCUGUUUUCCCCCGCCAAGCGCUCGCGAACGUGUUGUUGAUAGGGGGUGGCGCGCGGAUGUUCGGCGUCGCGAAUCGAUUGCAGUUGGAGCUCCAGCCGUUGGCGGACGAAAGUGUCCGAGUUCAAAUACACCUCGGCGAUGAGCUCACUGCCCUUCGCGGCGCGCGGCGUUUUGUCCAGCAAUGGGACGAUCGCAUCCCGUGGAUCACGGCAGAGGACGCUGCGCGGGUGCUGCAGUUCGAUCGAAAACGAUUUCUGAUCGAAGAUGGCCAAGUGUGAAGCAAAUUUUGAAUGUGAAAUGAAGCAAAUUUAUCGCACCAUGCGAACAAGCGUAACGCAUCAUUGUCUUUUUUACCUAUGUCGGAAGCGACAAGCGACCAGAUUAUACAGGAGAUCAGCCAAAACCAAGAAU